AUGCGUGACAGAUUCGAGGAGCUGCGCACAUUAGCUGUGCAGUUACACCCAGAGGCAGCUGCCCUGAUGCAUCGGGGAGAAGCUGCUGGGAGCGCCAGUGCUGCAGGAGGGGGGGGGAGGGGGAGAGGAGGCUCCCCCCUCCUUGCCGGCGACGCUCACGCUCUCCUUUCUGCUGAUCUGGAGGCUGGAAGACAUCCCGAUCGCUUGCUGGCAAAUUUCGCCGUCGAAGAGGCUAAGGGGCCCCCUGAUGAGGAAGCGUUUCUGAGCGGCUACUUCCGCAAGGUGGCAGUCCUCACAGCAGCCUUGGCAGAGAUCGGAGAAAACGUAGAAAAGAUGCAGGAGCUAAAAAGAAGGGUUGUCGAAGCCACGAACUCCGAAGAAGAAAAAGAUGUCUCGCAUGAGCUGCACAAGGUGUUGGACGGUACAACUCUGCUCAUGCAGAAGACACAAAGGGCACUUGAGACGUUGCGAACGGAAAACAGGCGAUUCGCAGAGGCGCAACGAGGCAGCUUGUCAAGUGUUUCUGAGCUGCGCAUACGCCACAACCUCCAGCAGACACUUGCUGCGCAGCUGCAGCAACAUCUGCAGCUGCUGCAAAUGCGACAAGCAGAAUACAGACUGCAGGUGAAGAAAAAAGUUCUCAGACAGAUCAAACUCGUGUAUCCUGAGGCUGUGGAUUCGGAGAUCGAGGGGUUAGUGGACUCCGGGGAGCUGACGGCUGUUACUGCCAUCAAGAUGCGGAUAUCGGGAAGCAACCAAGCCUUGCGCAAUGCCACCGCAGACUUGCAGUUCAAGUAUCGGGAUAUUCGCCGCUUAGAGCAAAGCGUUACUGAGCUGCAUCAAAUGUUUGUUGAGCUGUCUUUUCUCGUGGAAGCGCAGGGGGAUAUGGUGGAGCAUAUCCAGUAUUCCGUAGCUCAGGCCAAGGAAUAUACAGCAAAGGCAGAAAAGGAAUUGUUGCAAGCGCGGCGAAAUCAAAAGUCUGCUAAGGCGAGGAUGUUUUGGAUAACGGUUAUUUUCAUCGUCCUUGCAGCACUGGUGCUGGUUCCUGUGAUUGUAUCCCUCCUAAAAUAG